AUGCGCCAACGUAUCCUUCCUACCUUCUCCCGCCGCGCCUUUUCCACCACCCCACGCGCGUCGCUGGCUCGUAUGAGCAUCAUUGGCCGCCUCGCCGCCGAACCUGAGGCCGUUCAGGCCAGCACUGGUCGCGAGAUGGUGCGCUACGCUCUGGGCACCAGCUACGGCCGCGGAGACAACAAGAGCGUCAGCUGGUUCUCCAUUACCUCCUUCGACGAGGGCCCGAGGAGGGACUACCUGCUCGGUCUUCCCAAGGGCACCUUGAUGCACGUCGACGCUGAGGCGCGGAUGUCUACUUACGAGAACGCCGAGGGCAUCAAGCAGUCGCGCUUGAAUCUUACGCAGAGGAACAUCGAAGUCUUGAGCAGGCCUUACCGCCCGGAAAAUCAGGAGGGCUACGAGACCAGUGCGGCCGAGGAGCCGUCGAGCGGCAUUGGCCACUCGUGA